UAGAGCAUGCGUACCCAUAUUGUAUAAAACUGACUCACAACGAAAGCAGAUUUCAGUUUGGUGAUUGUAGCUGAUCGUACGAAGAAAACUUUGAAUAAUUCCGUCAAUACCAAUAGUGUUACUUACUACAUACAUACAUAUAAACAAUGAAAUUUUUAAGUUUUGUGCUACUCGCCGCAUUUUUUGUAUUUGCGCAUUGCUAUCCAGCUGGCAAUGAGGAAGUUAGAGUGAUUCCUGUGCAAGUAGACGCAGUGGAAGCGAACGAUUUACACGUACGCCAGAAGCGUCAUGGUUUUGGACACCGUGGUUUCGGUGGUUAUGGUGGUGGUUAUGGUGGAUUUCCUGGUGGUUACGGCGGCUUUCCUGGUGGUUAUGGUGGCUAUCCUGGCGGUUACGGCGGUUUCUAUCCAGGAGGAGGAUACGGCGGAUUUCCGGGUGGUUUUGGUGGUGGUUACAGCGGUACAAGCUCACAAUCGUCAUUCCAAAGCUUUGGCGGCGGGAAUGAGUCGGCUGAUGAGAUGGCUAGAUGCGGCUCAAAGAUGCCAACAGAAGAAGCGGAUAGCUCCGUACUACCACCAUUUAGUGAUCACGUUAGGAAAAUUAAUGAGUAUACCGUGGCCGUGACGAAUGACUUGUGGAACAAACGGGAAGACUUCGAGUAUUUUUGUAACAGCAAACAACAAUCAUAUUUUUGUGCAAGAAAACAGGCCGAUUUGAAAAUGAAAUCCACCGUCAUUUUUUGCUUGGCACUUUGCCUGCUCGUUGUGAUGUGCCAUGGGGUGCCCGUGCAACGUGAAACGCUACUGAGUAUUGAACAACCAGCGGCCGUCGUUUUCGAAUAUCAACCGCAGCAACUAAGACGUGUAGCACGCCAAGGAUAUCCCUAUGAAGGAUUUGGAGGAUAUGGAGUAUCUCCCGGUGGAGAAUAUGGAGGAUAUCGCCGUGGAGGAAUUGGAUCUGCAAGCAGUCAAUCAAUUGCAACUGCAAGCGCAAGUUCCCAAAGUAACGGUGGUUAUUAUCCCAGUCCUUACUAUGUGCUAUAGUGGUUGAGAGGAAUAUACACAUUUUUGCGACAAAACCUUGGAUAGUGCUAAUUAAAUAUUAUAAUUGAUUUUAGUAGAAAAUCGAAACCAAAAAAAAAAUAAAACAUUUUAGGGCAUUGAGCAAAAGUGUCGAUUCUCA